AUGGAGGCGGGGCCCAUCGCUGGUCCGCGCGCCCCGAUCUACAGUCGGGGCGUUCCCAAACUCCCAACCGAAAUUCUCCCUUGUGGGCUAUCCGCCUAUGCUGCCGCCGAUAACUUCGGCGGGCCCGCGGGGUCUCAGAGGCCAGCGGCGCGAGCGCGGACGCCGCCGAGGCCUGCGGGCGCCGCGGCUGGUGGCGCGGCGGGUGGCGCCGCCGCCGCCACGGCGGAACAGGGCCGCUGCGCCCACGGCGAUGUGCACUCUCUUCGCGAGGAGCCCCUGACCGAGCUCUCGACAUACUCCUCCUGCGUGAUCUUCCGAGCUGGGCUGGUCUGUGGGGGGUCUCAGAGCCCGAGACAAGCAAAGACUUGA